CUGAGAAUAAAAAAAAAGAGCGGCAUGCUGCAUGAUUAUCCGAGGGUCAGAUUGUAAUCAGACAUUGCUCUGAAAUCUGUCAUGAUAAGUAUUUCUAAGACCGUAGGCGUCUGUAAAUCCGGAAACGGAAACUGAAAUUAUACCUACUUAUCAAGAACGAGGUAUGUUUUGUGUGUAAGUAUUAUCAUCACUUUAUUGUUCAUAACUAUGUAUUAAAAAUCGUGUUUUAGUUAGAAACCCUUUUCAAAAUGCCAUUGUUUCAUUGUUUUACCGUAGGUACCCUUUCAACCUACAAAACCUGUUCAAAUGAUCGAAAUUUGUAGUUUUUAAAAUAAUUUUUGUAUUAUUUACUUUAGCAUUGUCAUGUUUUAAUAAUUUUUUGAAGUUUCUUUUUUUCCUCGUGAAUAAUUUUAAUUUUUUAAAGUUUUUAAUUCAAAAUGGGAGCCUGUGUCAAUGUUUUUAAAUUUGUUUUCCUGGCGUGUUUGUUUAAUCAGGUUUACUGUUUUACACGAUUUCCACCCAAUCCGAGUAAAACAUUUCGUUGCAAAAGCGGGCAAUACGUCGCAUCCAACGAUCUUUGCGAUACUGUUCAAGAUUGUUCCGAUGGUAGUGACGAGCCAAACUCGUGUAAGACUUGGAACUGCGGACCCGGUCAAUUUUCUUGUGUUCCUAAUUCAAAUUCAACGAAAAAUGCGACCUGCUUAAAUGCAAAAGUGCUAUGCGAUACACGUAAAGACUGCGCUGAUAAUUUCGACGAAGAUAAUUGUGGGGAUCUAAUAAAUGUUCAGAACUGUGAACUCGGAGAUGGAAAAUUUUUAUGCAGGGAUAAGUUAAGAUGUCUCGGUUUAGAAAACACUUGCGAUGGGUAUUGCAAUUGUUUCGAUUGUUCUGAUGAGAAUGAAAAUUGCACCAAGAUUGAUUACCAGUCGCUGAGUUCAUGCCCGAAUGCGUACUAUCCCCUUCCAUUGUCAUCAGGGCCCAUCUGUUUGUGUAAUUCGUCCAAUGCUGCAUAUCAGAAUUUAUGCAAAGAAGUAAAAAAUUGUACAUCAGGUUAUCGAUGUGAUCAAAAAUGCUCACAGUACAAAAAUAGAAUUCUUUGUUCGUGUUUCGAAGACUUCACGGAAGUACUUGUAUCAAAUGGUUUCAAAUGUCGGAGCAAAAAAUUUUACGGAACCGAAUUGAUUUAUACUACAACAAAUCAAAUUAAAGCUCUGAAUGCGACCACAAAGCAAGUCGACUAUAUAAAAAAUGAUGUACAAACUCAAAUAUUAGCAGCCUCUCGGAACUCCAUUUAUUACACAAUAUUUCGCGAUAAGAGUAGAAGCAUUUACCAAAUUCUUAACUACGGAUCUUCUAAAAAAAAUAGAAAAAUAUUAGAUUUAAAUUCGUCUAUCAUAUCCAUAGCUAUCGACUACAUCACUGAAAAUGUAUAUUUUACAACCAACGAGUCUCUAUCAGUUUGCUCGAAGGGAGGAGAAAUCUGUCUCCAGCUGAAAUGCUGCGAUGUAUCUUACGUGGUCCUGAAUCCCAAAAAUGGUACGAUGUUUUACACGAAGAGUUCUGACAAACCAAACGAACGAUUGUUGAUGCGAUCCUACAUGGACGGAAAUCAUGAAAGUGUUUUCAUUGACGGUUCUUUUCCGGAUAUCGUUCCUGUGGCGGUUGAUGAAGAAUUUUAUAGAUUAUAUUGGUUGGAAGGCAAUAGAAUACAUUCCAUUUCUCUUCACGAUAAGACUAUUGAUGUAAGAAGCAUUGUGCAAAAACGUGACAUCAGAUUUAAUCAUGCCUUGAAAUCGUUGACUAUUUUGGAUGAAAUUGUAUUCUACACCUCGCAGCGUGAUAAUAAAAUUUACCAAGCGGAAAAUCUCGAACGUUUUGUGAAAUCAGCUGAAGAAAAAAGUGGUAGAGCUUAUUACGACUAUUACGAACGACCAUUACAGGAUAACAAUUACACGCUGCACACAGAUGCAGAUGGCACAAUCUCCAUUAUAGAUGUCAAAUCGUAUAAUGCCAUUCGACAACUUGCAGCCAAGGCCAAAAAUCCGUGCAAUUCUUCAUGCAAAGGUCUAUGUUUAUUGCGUAGUGUUUCGAGGUUUUCUCUAUAUUAUGGUAGCCUGUUUUCUAACUGCAUUUGUAACGAUUUCUCUCCUUCGAAGAGUAAUAAUUGGUGCGGUGCGUCUCCUCUUCAAAUAAAUACACCAAAUGAUGCUGAUGGCGAUGAUGACGGAUUUCCAUUUAUGAUGACGUUUUUGAUUUUGAUUGUGCUGUCGGCUGUUCUUAGUGGAAUGUAUUUUGUUUACGACAGAUAUUACAGAGGGGUAGUUCAUAAUUCAAGGCGAUCUCAAGACGAUCGAAUUUACGAUCCUAAUCAAGAUGAGUUUUGAUUAAGUAUUUAUGAAGAUAAUAUUUUGAAAAAAUCAUCUAUAAAUAUUUAUUUCAAAAAGGAACUAAGUAGUUUUUUUUCCAUUGAGUAAAUUAAUGUAAGUAGGUAGGUACUCCUAGCCUAAGCCUAUUGAUAACUUUUUCAACAAUAAAUUUAAUAUUUAGGUA